ACGAGGGGCUAUGGGACAUCCUCAUCAAAGACAUCCCCAAGGAGGUGACCUCCUACACGUUCAGCAUGGACAUCCUGAAGCCAGGCGUGAGCUACGACUUCCGGGUCAUUGCAGUCAACGACUACGGCUUCGGCACCCCCAGCAGCCCCUCCCAGUCGGUGCCAGCCCAGAAAACCAACCCGUUCUACGAGGAGUGGUGGUUCCUGGUGGUCGUCGCCCUGGUCGGCCUCAUCUUCAUCCUGCUCCUGGUCUUCGUGCUCAUCAUCCGGGGCCAGAGCAAGAAGUACGCCAAGAAGACGGACUCAGGGAACAGUGGCAAGGCUGGUGCCCUGGGCCAUGGGGAGAUGAUGAGCUUGGAUGAGAGCAGUUUCCCUGCCCUGGAACUCAACAACCGGCGCCUCUCCGUCAAGAACUCCUUCUGCCGGAAGAACGGCCUGUACACCAGGUCUCCGCCCCGGCCUAGCCCGGGCAGCCUGCACUACUCCGAUGAGGAUGUCACCAAGUACAACGACCUCAUCCAGGCCGAGAGCAGCAGCCUGACCGAGAAGCCCUCGGAAGUCUCCGACUCUCAGGGAAGCGACAGCGAGUACGAGGUCGACCAGAACCACCAGAAGGCCCACUCCUUCGUCAACCACUACAUCAGCGACCCCACCUACUACAACUCCUGGCGGCGGCAGCAGAAGGGCAUCUCGCGGGCCCAGGCCUACAGCUACACGGAGAGCGACUCGGGGGAGCCGGACCACGCCACCGCGGCCAACACCAGCAGCAUCCAGCAGGGCAGCCUCUUCCGGCCCAAGGCCAGUCGGACCCCCACGCCCCAGAACCCCCCGAACCCCCCGAGCCAGCAGAGCACCCUCUACCGCCCCCCCAGCAGCCUGGCCCCCGGCUCCCGGGCUCCUAUAGCAGGAUUUUCAUCGUUCGUUUGACGUCCGAAGAGGAACAAGAAAGACGGCACCGGACUCCCCUCCACCGUCCCCGCACCGCCUGCCAGAAAACAAAAACACCAGGAAACCGAGUCAGCUGUUCACCUCCUGAGUUUAUUUUUCCAGAGAUUCCAGGGCCAGCAGAGCCGGAGGGGGAAGGAGGGAGAAGAAAACCAGGAGCCCACGUGUGGCCAGCAGCCGGUCAGCGUCGUGACUGCGGGUGGGCGCAGAGCUGCGGAGCCGCCGGCGUGCACAGGAGUGGGUUGGGCCCCUGGAAAGAGCGGGAGAAGAGGCACAGGCCUGGCUGAGGGGAGAAGCUUCUGGAAGCCUGAGCAGCUUCCCCCCUUCCAACACGUGCUGGAGCGCUGGGCCCGCGGCUGGCUGGUGCUAUGCAAGGAUGGGUGUCACUGGGCACAGCUCUCCUCUCUCUUCACCCAACCACUGCCAUGCGUGUCCCUGUUACUAGUGGGCAUUGGUGGUCCCUGCCACCCCCUGCUGCCCCCUGUCCUGCUCCUCACCCUCACGGCCCCCUCCUCACCCUCACU